AUGGGCUUACCUGGCGCGCAGACUGUUGACACAUCGGCUAGGCUCGAUGCAUUGCGCAAGCUGAUGGCUGAGAAGCCAGUGUCCGCGUAUGUUGUGCCGAGCGAAGACCAACAUUCGAGCGAGUAUCUCGCGCAGUGUGAUGAGCGCAGGGCUUUUAUUUCUGGAUUCACAGGCUCAGCAGGCACCGCAAUUGUAACGAAGGGCAAGGCAUAUUUGUUUACCGAUGGGCGUUACUUCUUACAAGCUGAGCAGCAGCUGGACAAGAACUGGACACUAAUGAAGCAGGGUCUGCCAGAUGUGCCAACAUGGCAGGAAUUCAUCAAAAAAAAUGUUUCGAAGUCAGACCGAGUAGGGAUAGACCCAGAAUUGAUUGCAGCUACCGACGCGAAGUUUUUUCCUGAGACCAGCUUUUCGUUCACUGAAAAUCUAGUCGACAAGGUCUGGGGUUCUGAUCGACCUGCACGUCCCAAGAGCCAUGUCUUCCCUCUCGAAAUCAAAUACUCCGGCGAAUUGCACACUGACAAGUUAUCCAAGUUACGUGAUGGACUACGGAAGAAGGAGGUACAAGCGUUGAUAGUGACGAUGCUGGAUGAGGUCGCGUGGUUAUUUAACCUGCGGGGUGCAGAUAUUGACUUCAACCCUGUGUUCUUUGCGUAUGCGAUCGUGACGCUUGAAAAAGCCUAUCUUUUUAUCGAUCCAGAGCAAGUGGAUGCCUCCUUGAAGAAUCAUCUUGGCUCACAAGUUGAGACCCGGCCGUAUGCCGAUUUCACAAGCUACUUGCGACGACUGGCCAAUGAAUUGAAGUCCUCAUCUUCUGCUACUGUCAAGGUUCUCUUGGGAGAUAAAGCCAGUGUAGCUGUCGCGGAGGCCAUUGGCAGCUCCAAUACGACUAUCGACCGAUCUCCCGUUGCGGAUCUCAAGGCUAUCAAGAAUCAGACAGAGAUCGCGGGCUUUCGCGCCAGCCAUAUCAGGGAUGGAGCUGCACUCGCGAGAUAUUUUGCGUGGCUCGAGGCACAGCUGAACGAGGGCAAAGAGAUCUCUGAAAGCGGUGCUGCCGAUCAAUUGGAGAGGUUCCGUGAAGAGCUCGACCUAUACAAGGGUCUAUCGUUCACAACGAUAUCUUCGACGGGGCCAAAUGGAGCCAUCAUACACUAUUCUCCUGACCCACAUAACAGCGACAUCAUCAAGAAGGACCAGAUCUACUUAUGCGAUUCAGGCGCACAAUUCUUGGACGGUACUACUGACGUCACGAGGACAUGGCAUUUCGGCGAACCAACCGAAGAAGAGAAGAGGGCUUUCACCCGAGUGCUUCAGGGCCAUAUUGCCAUCGACACCGCUAUCUUCCCGGCUGGAACAUCAGGGUACAUAAUUGAUACUUGGGCGCGGCGAGCUUUGUGGCAAGACGGGUUAGACUACAGGCACGGCACGGGACAUGGAGUCGGGCACUUUCUGAACGUGCAUGAAGGUCCGCAUGGUAUUGGCACUCGGAUAGCAUACAACAACACGCCCUUGAAGCCUGGCAUGACAGUGUCAAAUGAACCGGGGUACUAUGCUGAUGGCCGCUUUGGUAUUCGCAUCGAAAACGUCGUAAUCGUCCGCGAGGCAAAGACUCCGAACAACUUCGGCGGCAAGGGCUAUUUGGGUUUCGAGCACAUUACUAUGUGCCCGAUCCACAAGAAGCUCAUUGACACUAGCCUGCUGGCGGUGCAGGAACGAGACUGGCUGGACAAGUAUCAUGCAGAGACUUUGGCGAAGGUAGGCCCCUUGUUGAAGAACGACCUUCGCGCGCUUGCAUGGCUCGAAAGAGAGUGCGCGCCUUUGUAA